AUGAUGAAAUCAAGUACAGAAAUAGUUUAGAGAGUACAAUAUUAGUAUAAUGAUAAUAAGUAAGAUCAAAAGGAUAAGAAUAAUAAAGAUAUGAAGAUGUAUAAUCUUAAUUAAUAAUUAGUGGUCCUAUAUGCAAAGCUCCAAAACAUCUUAAAGAUAAAUAUAUCAUAAAGGGAUAUAGAAUAAAUUUUAAGAAUAAGAAAGAUGUUUUGAAGAGCUUAUUCAUGUGGCAUAAUGAACUUGUUAAUAUUUGGACUCAUUUAAUUGGAGCUAUAAUUAUCAUUUCUUUAAUCUUUUAUUUAUGGUUAAAUUAUGAUGAAUUGUUUCGAUAAAAAGCAAUAAAUUCCUUUCAUGGUAUUUAUUGAAAUUAAUAUAGAAUCACUCCAAAAUAUAUAUUCACAAGCUUAUAAUUUAGAAUAAUAAAUCUAAGGAUAAUUAGAGCAAGGUUUGCAUAUUUUGUAAGAAGAUGUUCAGAAGGUUCAAUAAUAAUUGCAAGAAAAUGUUUAAAAUGUUAAUAAGUUUAUAAAUGAAGUAGCACAUUAGUAUGAUUAAGAAUUUCAAAAAAUCCAAAAAAAUAUCGCUCAAGCUUUUGAUUGGGAAAAUUUAUAAUGGAAAUAUAAUAUAUCAGAAAUUAUUAAUGAUUACAAACUUAAAGCAACUGAGAUAGUUGAAUCUAAAGAUUUUGAUUGGAUUGAUCUAUAUUUAGGAUUUUAACAUUUAACUGGCCGUUAUACUAUGGAUGAAGUUAAACUUGAUCGGAUUAUUUCAAGAUGGCCUGUGAUAGCAUUUCUCCUUUCAGCUAUAAUUUGUUUAGGUUGUAGUACCAUAUAUCACUUAUUUUAUUGUCUAUCAGAGAAAGUAAACAGAAUGUUGUUAAGAUUGGAUUAUGCUGGUAUUUGCUUUUUGGUUUCAGGAUCUACAUUUGCCCCAUUAUUUUAUGGGUUUUAAUGCAAUCCUCAUUAUGCAAUUAUUUAUGCAAGCAUAUAGGGAGUGUUUGCAGUUGUGUUAUUCAGUUUAUGUUUAUUUGAUUUCUUUUAUAAAGAAGAAUGGAGAACAUUGAAGAGUAAUUUAUUUGCAGGUCUUGGAUUAGUAAGUUCAAUCCCCUUUAUACAUUUUGCAAUUGAUGAUGUAAAUUUGGAAGGAUUUAGUUUUGCUACAUAAUGUCCUUAUUAUAUUGCUAUGGCAAUAGCUUAUCUGUAAAUAUAAAAAUGAAUAAUUUUUAGUUCAGGAUUAUACAUCUAUAAUAUAAGAUUUCCAGAAAAACAUGUUCCAGGAAAGUUUGAUAAUUGUGGUUAGAGUCAUCAAAUAUGGCAUAUAAGUGUAGUGAUAGCUAUAUUAUUUACUUAUGUGGGUUCUUUAAAAGCUUAUUAUUAAAGAUUAGAUAUGCCUUGUAGAGAAUGA